AUGAGCGCGCCUUUCACGCUUCGUGGAAAGCCAUGUGAGCCAAUGCUCCAGAGCCUCUGGGACUCCGUGAGGAGUGAACACGAGGGGGUUCUACUCUCCCCUUACCUGCCCGCGUUCUGCGCUCUUCUAACCCACGUCACGUUCUGCGCACCUUUCCUGGUGCUGGACCUCUUCGGAGGCGGCGAGCGGCUCCGCGCGUGGAGGAUCUCCGCGGACGCGCCGCCGCCGCCUCUGCGCGCGUGGCUGGCGUGUCUGUGGAAGAUCGCGGUCCAAUACCUGACCGUCGUGCUCCCCGUCACCGCGCUCCUCCAGAAACCGAUGGGUCCCGCUCAGCUCCCCGAGUCGUCUCCAACCAACUGGCAGAUUUUUGUGGACGUCUUUGCCUGUUUGCUGCUUUUUGACACGCUCUUUUUCUUUUUGCACCUCUCCCUGCACAGGGUCCCUUGGCUCUACCGCAACAUCCACCAACAGCACCACCAGCACCAGGCGCCCUUCGCCCUGCAGGCCCAAGAUGCCAGCACCCCCGAGCUGCUCUCCCUGCUGCUGCUAGCACGUUUCAGUGCCUGGUUCGUGAACUGUCACCCCCUGAGUGAGGUCUUCUUCCACAUUCUCAACACCUGGCUGGCGGUGGAGGACCACUCUGGCUACAACCUGCCCUGGGCUCUGCACAGACUGCUGCCUUUUUUAGGGGGAGCCCCCCACCACCACACUCACCAUAGUCGGCACAAUGUCAACUUUGCACCCUAUUUCACCCACUGGGACCAGCUCUUCGGCACAUACAGCGGAGACUGA